GGGCCUGGCUGGGAUCAGAGACAAAUUGUGUUUACUGACCGGAGACUCCACCAGCUUUUCUUUCUCCAGCCUAAAAUCAGACUGCAUGUAUGACCCAGAGUCGGCCUGCUGCUGGACCAAAGCUGCAGUCAUUUUCACGAUCAUUCGCAGAUGGAUGCUGCGCUUUCCUAGAGGAGGAGGAUAAAAACAUUUUUGGCAUUUUUGCUCAUCUUCCAGUCUGUCUAGGCGAUGAACGGCAGGAGAGACAAGAAUCUUUCUUUAUUAUAAGGACGAAAUCUCCGCUGUUGGCAAUGCGAAGAGCCUUGUGAUUUUCACUUUGUGAUCCUGUCAAAUAAUUAUGAACAACGCGCAAGAUAUGUCGCCCGAUUUCGUGUUAAUGCGCCUGGUGUCCGCAGCCGAGGAUGACCGCUUGGACGCAGAAAACGGGAAUUUGCAGACGGGAGGAGUGGUGGCAGGGUUGGGGAAGAAUGUCCUGGCUCACAGCGGCGUUAAAUCGGCUUUGGAUAUCACCCGAGAUCCGGCGGCGGGCCUGGAGCAUCCCAGCAGCCUCCUGAACAAAGGCCAGCCGAGCUGCGAGACCGCGGCAGCACCUGACAGCAGGGGGACGCAGAGCCGAGCCCCGCUGUCUCCCCAACCGCAGUCACAUAGCUCCAUGGAGCCCCAGGGUUUUGACUUUGUCCCCAGCCCCGGCCUACGGCCUCAGCUGCUUGUCUUCUCCAAUAUAAUGCGCAACGGAGAGGGGAUUUUGGAUUUAGACCGUCUGAAUACACCGAGGGAUGUGUUGGAACGGAGCCCUGGCUCUGGCUGCUCCGGCCCAGCUAUUAACAACAACACCCUGAGUCCUGGAGACGUUCAGCGGCAACAGGACCUGCUGGAUCAGAGACCAUCAGCAGCGCAGCCUUCAGUCCCUUCAUCUGCGGAGAGUCCGGGAGCUGCCGAGCUGUGCCACCGGCAUCGAUUCAUCACCAGCCCCCACAACUGGCCUCUGUUAUCGGACAGAUCCAGACCUCUUCCCGCAGGUGACUCUAGUAGGAACCCGGAGGAUGCUGUGCUUGAGCUGGCACGGCGGUUUGGUGAGCUAGGGGUCGGAGCGGUACCCAGGAUGCUGUUUAAAGGAGCGGAGCUGCCGCAGUGUUCCUGUCAGGGUGCACAAGGAUCGGUAGAUGGAGAAGUAGAACCCAGUAAUGACCCGACAGAGACCAGCGAUGCUCUGUUGGUCCUGGAGGGGCUGGGGAGUAGGAACAUUGACGGUUUGGGUAUGGAGGAGUGCCCAGAAGGGGAGCUGGGUGAUGAAAAUGGGCACAGUGAGUUUUUGCUCAAAAGAAAAAGGGAAAUAAUCCAGAAGAUGUCCGGGACUUUCUCUAUCAGCAGCUUUCAAGUGGAACUGAGGAGGCAGAUUGAAGAGAUGGGCCUGGCAGCAACCCAAGUGGUGGCUGGAGGUUCAGAAGGUUCCACUCAGGUGUUAACCAAGAUAUCCACACCUGUCCAGAACUCACCUUGGACUACUAGCCCAAACACAAGCCGUGUUUCAACGCCCAGAGGAGCAAAGCGGUGCACCAGUGCCCCCCGGACUCCCACAUAUCGGGCUGCAGGUGGAGAGAAGACAUUCAAAGUUCCAGGGAAGUCCAAAAAGAACUCUUUAAAGACCCGACUGAGUAAACUGUUCCGAACUAAAAGCUGUAAUGGGUCCACUCACAUCCUGGACAAAAGGCCCUCUGUGUCUUAUUCGGUAUCCUCAGCCAUGAGUCUGGUGGACAUGGAAGGUACAUCUGGAGCAGAGCAGGAUGCUGACAGGAAGCCCCAACUAACCCGGGCCCACAGUGCCUUCUCCCCUGCAUCCCUCACUGCCUCCCUCUCUGCCUCCCUCUCCACUUUCACUGGUGAAACAGUUUCUCUGGUGGAUGUGGAUAUUUCUCUACGAGGGACGAACACUCCGCACCCCCCAACUCCUCCGCGUCGAAGUCUCAGUCUGUUAGAUGACAUAUCAGGGCCUCAGCCGGGGCCUUUCCUAGUAAGCAUUGUGGGUGCCUCACUGCAGUCCCUCCCUCUGCCUCACCCUCCUCCUCCUCCUCCCUCCCACUCUACCAUCCAGCACAGUCUUAGCCUCAAUGAUGCGUUUUUCCGGGCCCUUCCUCAUUCGAGUCCAUUGCCGUCGGAUGCUGUUCCACCUAUGAGACGAGCUGCUCCUCCUGUGCUGUGUGCUCUGCGGCGAUCUGAAGCCAGCAACUUCACAGCCAGUCUGAGAGAGCUGGAAAAGUGCGGCUGGUACUGGGGUCCUAUGAACUGGGAAGAUGCAGAGGUGAAGCUGAAGGGCAAACUUGAUGGGUCGUUUUUGGUCCGAGACAGUUCAGACCCCCGAUACAUCCUGAGCCUCAGUUUCAGAUCCCAGGGAGUCACACACCACACUCGCAUGGAGCACUAUAGAGGGACAUUCAGCUUGUGGUGUCACCCGAAGUUUGAGGACCGCUGUCAUUCGGUGGUGGAAUUCAUUGAGCGUGCAAUCAUGCACUCUAAGAACGGCAAAUUCCUCUACUUCCUUCGCUCCAGGGUCCCAGGGCUUCCACCAACUCCAGUUCAGCUGCUGUAUCCUGUAUCUCGCUUCAGCAAUGUGAAGUCAUUACAACAUCUCUGUCGCUUUUGCAUUCGGCAAAUAGUUCGCAUCGACCACAUCGAAGAGCUUCCACUGCCCAGAUCUCUGAUAUCCUACCUUAGUAAAUUUUAUUACUAUGAACCGGAGGAGGAGAUGUAUCUAUCAAUCAAUAGUAUUCGGAGGGUGGUAGGAUCAGAGCAGAAGGUCAGUCCGCAGACGUAGCAGCAUACAUCUCCUAACCUUAGGUCUCUUAUGGAGGACUUGUCUGUACUGGUCGGCAGGUCUUCCAGCAUCAGUACCUGGAGGAGUGUAUACGGUCAGACUGGAAUGGACUCACGCUUUUUGGAGAAAGAUGGUGGAAGAAAAAACGAUGUUUCUAAUGCAGAGGACCUCAGACAUGUUUGAAGAGGGAACAAAGAGAUGUUCUUAUCUAAAUAAAAACUAAAAUAGCCUCAGUCAGCUCUGCUUUCCUGUUUCCUGAACCAGCUGGAAUUUUAAAACAUGAUGCACUGGUCAAUUUGUAUAACUGUUGUUCUGAAGUACAUAUUUGUUUUUCCUUUUUAUUUUGUAAAAACUAGGGAUUUUGGAUUUGAGAGAUGCCUGCAGGACAGAAACACACCUAGAGGCAAGGCGAGGCAAACCAGCCACCAGCACUGACAAGAAAACCUCAGACUUUUACUUUUGAAUCUGUUAUGAAAGGUUCCUGUUUUUUGUGGAAGCAGUGAUACUGCUUUAUUUUGCUGUCAGUCAAACAUGGAAAAGAGAUCUUAUAUUUAGGAAUAAUAAUACUCCAGCCAGUGUUGCAUCAUCUGUCUUUGGUAUUCACCUUUUGAAUAGUUAUAAACCUAUAAGGUUGCAAAGCAUCUAUUUUUCUUUAAUAAUUGAAAAUUAUUAGGUUUAGCAGAAUUGUUUUUUACCUAAAAGCACUGCAGACUGUUAAUUACUUUUGUUAAUGAGUCCAACAGGGCAGUAGCAGUGAAUGGCCAUUACUCUAACUGUUCUCUGUAAUGUAAAAAUGGGCUGAUAAACUGAAUAUGCAGCUCAGGUAAAAAUAUUAUCAGAAUAUGGUUUGAGGUCAGUAAUCUGAAGAUGGCUGUAUAUAUAACCACUCGCUUUGAUGAUGCAGUAAUAGGCUAUCAAUCACAUGUCCAACCCAAAACAGUUGCAAUUGUCCAUGUUCCUGUUUAAAAGUGUUUGAUUUUGUAAAGUCAUUGGCAAAGGUUUGACAGCGACACAAAUGUUGUUUUGUGGGAAAAAAUUGUUAGAUUUUUCACAUAUUUUUAUGACAUGGUGAAGAACAGCUACAAAUAGUUCCUAGGUUUCAAAAGGCUUUUAUUAGCAACUACAUCAAACUUUCACACUUUCGACCUUUGAGCUGCUUUUUUAUGAGUUUUACCUCAUGUUGGAAAAUACAAACCUCAUCAUCGAAUUGUUUCUCAAUUUUUGGAACAGGCUCAUCCUCAUUCAUGUUUGGAUUCCAGUCUUGAUCCAUAGAAGUGUCCCCAUGUGACUCCCUUGGAUGAAAGCAACCCCAGACAUGGAUCCUAUCAGGAUGACUCAUUGCUGGCAUGACACAGAACUGAGCAGUGUUCUUUUUCAGACAACUGAUUUCCAAGAUGUCACAAACAACAAGAGUGGGAUUUAUUUGAGAAAAUAACUUUGCAGCAGUCUUCGAAUGUACAUCCUUGUUCUUCCCGAAGAAUUUCAGGGUGUCCUUGAUGCUUUUCCCGAACAGAAGUGGCUUCUUUGCUGCCCGCCUUGUCAAAGGGCCAUUUUUAAUGGCCAGAUGCUGUCACAUCCAAGGGCUGUUGAUCCUGAAAGAGUGGACCCUCUUAGAUGUCUAGAAACUUUUUUUGGUUCAACUGGAACUCUCACCACAAAGUUUUGAUAAUUCAAGUAAGUAAUACGUUUUUCUUUAAGUGGCAAUAACCAUAGCAGCAGUUUCCUUCUACGUGACGUUAUUUCGGUGCAAUGAGAUGAUGGCUGCACAAUUUACUUUGGAAGUAAGACCCACAUCAUGCUGUCGUUUAUCUGACUUGUGUUUUAAUAGCUUAAGAUAGACUGCUUGAAGGAAAUAAAGCUGAAGGUUUUGGACAUGUUAAAAAUUCCGAUGCAUCGAUAUCACAACUCAGAGACACCUUAUGUACUGUGUAUAUGAAAUUGGCACAUGUAAGACCCAUUUUUUGACACACCAACAAACCUUGCAGGAAAGAAAAAUGUGACAGCAGCUUAACCAUUUCUAGCACAGGAAGACACACCUGCCCCUCUGUCCCUGUCUAUCCUGCGCGUUUUGGGUCUGUACCAGGAUCUCUUCCCAGUGGGGCACGCCCGGAAAUACACAGGAGGCAUUCUAUGCAAAUGCAGGAACUAACCUCAUCCGUCUUGUUUCGAUGCAGAGGAGCAGCAGCAAGACACCGAACCUCCCCUUGAAUGCCUUGUCUCUAAAGAUGAACCCAGCCACCACAAAAUAAUAAGCUAAAAUGUUUUUAAAAUAAAUUUGUCCCAGCUGAAACUUUUAGUGGAGCUAUGACACUAUAUUUGCAUAGUUGGUUUUGUUCUUUUCUUCUUUGCCUGACAUUUCCCAGAAUGCCUUUGUUUAACAUGUAUAGGCCAUACAGAUGUGAUGCUAGUACUGUUGCUGAAGCCAAAACAAAGAAAAAUCUCUGAUCUCAUUUGCUGUUGUCUUCUGAAACGUGGGAAUCUGAGGUUGCACUGGAUUCUGCUCUGUUAGAGCUCCCUCUCUUUUUCUACCAAAGUUUCACAGGUUUACUUUCACUUCACUACUGUUAACAUGUUCUUUACUGAAAAUCUAAGGUGUCAAAAUCAUAAAACCAGAUCACAGUAGAAACAGGACCUUUACCAAAGUUUUACCAUUUAAAGUGUUUAGAUUAAAGGCUGUUUGCUGAUGUAAAGCAAUUAAACACCAAAUAAAUCUAAAGAAACCUACCUUUGUAUAGUUUUAGGUCCUUGGAAAUUUUACAUUAUAGACUGAUGGGUUUUAUUUUCUUUUAUACACAAUGCCCUGCCUAUUGGUGUAGGUCUUCCAUAACUCUUCCUUGCCUGUGGGUUUUAGUUGCUGAAAUGUCCAAGUGUAUUUUUCUGUAUCCUCCAGACUUUGAGUAAAAUAGAAAAAAUACA